AUGGUGAAUACUAAAAUUAAUAAUCAGUGGCAAGAGAAAUACAAAGCAUUGUCAGAUUUCAUGUCUCUCAAGAUUCAAAAUGGCCAAUCAUUUUCAGAUUACUGUAACUGUAUCGAGUACAGAGCAGAAAGAGCAAUGGGAGAAGGACAUUCGAAGGAUUCUAUUGAGCCUUUCAAAAUGAUAAAACUCAGGAAUCAUAUUUCUGAAAAAUAUUGGUAUCUGCCAGAUACGCACGUAAAUCGUUCGUCAGAGACUGAUCAGUAUGAGAUCUUGAAAAACUAUAUCAUUAGCUAUAUUCAAGAUAUGGAAGAGAGUAAAGAAUUGUAUUUUGCUGGAAUUGUUGAUAGGUGUCGAACAGAUAUUUUCAUCCAACCAAUGUUUCUUGAAGUUAGUGAAAGCAUUCCACAAGAGUCACACAUCCAGGAAGCAACAAUUUCCAAUGUUAUAGAGCAGCCGGCUUUUACAGAUGAUAUACGUUCGGAUGCCAUUUUUGAUUAUGAUUCUUUUAUGAUUCAAGAAGGGCAGCCGUUGACACAUUAUUGCGAAUGUAUUGAAAUUUUGGCUGAUAAAGUGUUGAAAAAUGAACUUCCAGAAGAAUUGCUAUCGUUGGCUAAACUUGAAAAGUUAGUGGUUUUGCUUACAGAUGACGCUUGGUAUCAAGCUGAAUAUGAAAUGCAGAUUCUCCGUGUUUCAGACUCAGACAAAUUUCACUGGUUGAAAAACUGGAUAUUCAAUGAGUUUCAGUUCAUAGUGAACUGUACAGAUGGCAGUUCUGUUGCACUAUUCUACAGAGUACCGUAUUUACCACCUGAUAUUUUCACAGAGCCACAAUUUCUGGAAGCACCUGACCGUAUAGAAUAUUCUGAUUUGGAAAAUGAGUUAAUAGCUCGUGAGCUAAGAUCUCAGAAGAAGAUGGACGUUGACAAGAAAGAGGAUACUGUAGUCGCAAAUAAUCAUACUGUAGUCUUCAAUAGUUUGAAUGUUGAUCCAGUUUCUAGUAAUGUUCAGAAAAAUAUAGAGACAGUUGAAAUGGAUAAAGUUGAAGAGGAAUGUAUUAAUUGUGAUACAUACAAUAAAGAAGUUUUGAAUGAUUUGGUAACCGAUUCAAAUAUAAUUAUUUCAAGAUUUCCAGAGGAUGAAGAUGUCAAAGAUAAAAGGACGUUUGAAGAUAAAGACGAAAGUAUUUCGGAAAUGGAUACUGUGGACCAGAAAGCCAAAGAUGUAAACUUGGGUCCCCCACAGAACUCCAAUAAACAUUGUUCGAAAGAUUUUCACAGUUUUGAAUCUUCAACUAUUCGUAUUGAUGAUUUCUCAGAAAUUGAUAAUGUGAAUGUUACUUCUGAUCCCUUGAUCAGUUCAUUUGAGAAGCAGGAGACACCAGGAAUAAUACAACUGGAAUAUUUCACUUGUGGAAAAAUGUUAGAGAAUGAAGACACUGAUGCCAUUCCCCAAUUGAAGAGUAUAGAUUCAUUGAACAACCAUAAACAGAAAGCCGGACUACAAAAGCCGGGAGAUGUCGCCUGUGGCGUGAUUUUUGAAAAAAAAAUUAAGCGUCGUGUCAAUGAAGAAAAACGCCCACGUACCGAUCCUCCGUUUGACUUGGUUCCUCAGACAAGCUGUGAAUUGGAAAGUGUACUGGAAUCGGAUAUAUGGAACUAUUGGAAUUAUGAUUGUGAUACGGUCUCGGAUUUUUUGAAUUGGAAGGAUAUGAAUUGGAAAGAUAUGAGCUGGCACAGAUUCGUUCGAGAAUCUCGUCCUCGCAAGGAUCCACCUUGGAGUUCGUGUCGUUCGGAAGUUGGCUUAUGCUAUGGAUGGAGAUGGGAUGUCAGUCAAGAGCCAUUGUGUACUCCGGCUUGGACGAGCUGCCACGUCAUGUUCCCACCUCGCCAAGCUGCAGAGGUUCAAUGA